AUGAUGCGGACGAGACAUCGUUCUGUUGAACGGUGUGGGAAAACGUUCCCGGUGUCGUCGACGAAAGGAUAUUUCGUCGACGCGACGAUUGUGAUUUUUGGGCUUUUUUUCCUGCUGGCAAUAAUUCCUGCGACGAUUUCUGCGCGAACGAUUCGCCGUGGCCCGCCGACGAAUAUUUUCCCUGACCCGCUGCGCAAUUGUUCCACUGGGUGGCGCCGCGGAUUCCGCCCCAUUAUCCUGUGCCACCCCGCCGCUGAAAUCAUUCUGAGCGCCCUUGCGAGCGAGGGGGUUUUGAUAAUCGGCGGAGGGGACGGAGGAGUGGCGCGGGAGGUGAUCAAGGACCAGCGCGUGGAGCACGUGGACCUGUGCGAGAUUGACGAGCGGGUCGUGGAGGUGUCGAAGCAGUUCCUGCCGUCGAUGGCCGUCGGCUUCCGGUCGGACCGAGUCCGGGUCGUGUUUGAAGACGGCGCCAAGUUCCUGGCGGAAACGGCGCCCGAGACCUACGACGUCAUCAUUGCGGACUCGAGCGACCCGGAUGGCCCAGCCGAGAGCCUGUUUCAGGGCGAGUUUUACAAGGCCGUGGGGCGGGUGUUGAAGCCCGGCGGGAUUGUUUGCUUUCAAGGUGAAAGCAUGUGGCUGCACGUGGACAUCAUCAAGCGAACUCUCGGCCGUGUUCGCGAACAUUUUCCUGUGGUUUCUUACGCUUCUGCAUACAUUCCGACUUAUCCUGGAGGUCAAAUCGGAUUUGUGAUCGCUGCCAAGGACGAGAAAAAGAACCUGAGUGACCCAGUUUGGGUCAUGAGCGAUGCGGAAAUGACCGGGAUGAAGCUCAAGUACUAUUCCCCUGGAAUGCACAAAGCUGCUUUCAUUUUGCCCCGAGACUUGGAGAAGAAACUGGAGCUCGUGCAUUGAAGAAUACCAUUGUACGUCAAUGACGAAUGAAGAAAAGAGAGGGAAAAAAACUGUUCAUGCUGUAGAAGAACUGAGUAGAAGACAAUAACAGAGGCCAUUUGGAUCCCAUUUCUUUCUGAAGAAGUGUCCUUCUCUGUUCCCUCGUCUGCAUGGCCGGCAAAUAUGAAACACGAUGGAUCUGAAAGAAAGAAAGAGAAGAAAAAAAAUA